GUGGUUGUAUCUGCUAUUGAUUACUCCUGUCUGCUCGUUCAAUCAAAGCAGGAAGCUGCAGCCUGCGCGGCUAAAGCUAACACACGCCGUGAAUGAACUGGUUCAAAGAUGAACGGAGCGGACUUCCGAGGAGUUUCAGUUCACAAUUUCUCUGAGAAAAUCCCGGAGCAGGUCGUCCACUUCCACGUCAUUAAGUUUGACGGCGGUUUCUUCCUCUGGGUUGGUUCGGCUCCGGUUCUGUCCAACUUAGCGGUCUCUCUGAACAGCAAAUACGAUUCGACGCCGUUAUCUACACUGGUGAUGGGGGACCCGUCUGAUACCACUGCGACUUCUUUAGCACAGGGAUUAGCCAAGAGGACAGAGAAGCAGGUCUUUGUGAGCUACAGUCUUCCCAUGAGCGACUCCAGCUUGAGUCUGUUGGUGGAGGGACGCAU